CUCUUCUUGGCACGGGGAGGGGGCACGUUCCCAGAAUGCACCUUGUAUCAACACCGCGGCGGUGGCGGCUCCCCGAAGUCCAGGCGGUUGGCGGAGUGGCACCCGGCCCGAGCACUCUCCCGCCAGUCGGUGUUGUGGGGCGACUGCGGCCAUGGCGGAGUCGGCGCCCGCUCGGCACAGGAGGAAACGGCGUUCCACACCAUUAGCUCCCGCCACACCACCUUCACAAACAACAGAGAAAAGCCCAUAUUUUCAGACCACAGAGAUCUCACUUUGGACAGUGGUGGCCGCUAUUCAGGCUGUGGAGAAGAAGAUGGAAUCCCAGGCUGCCCGACUACAGAACCUUGAGGGACGUGCAGGGACAGCCGAGAAGAAGCUGGCUGACUUUGAGAGGACAGCCGUAGAGUUCAGCAACCAGCUGGAGGGCAAGUGGGCCGUGCUGGGGACCCUGCUGCAGGAGUACGGGCUGCUGCAGCAGCGGCUGGAGAACGUAGAGAACCUGCUGCGCAACAGGAACUUCUGGGUCCUGCGGUUGCCCCCUGGCAGCAAGGGGGAGGCCCCCAAGGUGUCUGGAUCCCUUGAGAAUGACGGGGUCUGUUUCUCAGAACAGGAGUGGGAGAACCUGGAGGACUGGCAGAAGGAGCUCUACAGAAAUGUCAUGGAGAGCAACUAUGAGACCUUGGUCUCUCUGAAGGUCCUUGGACAGCCAGAAGAAGAAGCGGAAUUGGGUGCAGAGAUGGUGGGUGACCUGGUGGAAGAAGGUACCCACCUGGCAGAUAGGGCCAUGGUUAAGCAGGAGGGCCCUGCCGGUCUUCCCAGCAUGUUUUCCAGCGCUGCUGAACAGCAGGCUUUCUUUGGCUCGGAGCAGGCUGUGUUCUGGAAUAGUCCAGGAGAUUCUGCCCUCUUGGAAUCAGGCCCAGGGGACCCUAACCCUGAGUCUGUUGAGGGCAAUAGGGACCCUGCCCCUGGUAAAAAACAGAAGUCUCACAGGCAGGUGCAGCAGGGUCAGGAGUGUGGACAGAGCCAGAAGGUGAAAAGGGACACCAGCCCGUAUAAAUGUUCUGAAUGCCAGAUCAGCUUCCGCUACAAGCAGCAGCUGACUGCUCACAUGCAGAGCCACGCGGGCAGAGAGCCUUACUCGGCCACAGACCCAGAGGAGAGCCUUAGGCCCAGGCCACGGCUGAAACCACAGGCCAAAAAGUCGAAGCUGCACCAGUGUGACGUGUGCCACCGGAGCUUCAGCUGCAAGGUCAGCCUGGUGACCCACCAGCGCUGCCACCAGCAGGAGGGCCCCAACACCAGCCCGCGGAUCCAGGAGAGGUUCUCACCUAACAGCCUGGUUGCUCUGCCGGGCCACAUCCCCUGGAGGAAAAGUCGGAGUUCUCUCAUCUGUGGGUACUGUGGGAAGAGUUUCAGCCACCCCUCCGACCUGGUGCGGCACCAGCGCAUCCACACCGGCGAGCGGCCCUACAGCUGCCCUGAGUGUGAGAAGAGCUUUGUCCAGAAGCAGCACCUCCUGCAGCACCAGAAGAUCCACCAGCGGGAGCGGGGUGGGCUGGCUGCAGAGCACGGAAGGCCCAACGGCCUGCUCUAAGGUUGCCGGCCCCUCACCAUCGGGGGUGGAGGGGGGUGGCAUGAGUCCCCCGCAGAGAUACUACGAAGUCAGGCUGACUUCUUCCUGAGGAGAAUUGUUUCUGCUUUGUCCCCCUUGGCUAAGCACAAAGGCUAGUGUGAGACACAGGAGAGGAUCUAUGGCCCCAGCCUCGGCCAUCUUGGCCCUGCUACUGGGUUUACUGUUUCUUCAGCCCUUCAGGUCCCUGGUUUUCUCCUUUCUGGUGCACUGUCACACCACAGGGACUGGUGGUCAGUUCCAGGGUCCAUCUUAGCAUUUCAUACGUCUUCCCACAGUUCAAUGGGGCCACAGAUAUGUGGAGAGUUCCAGGAAGUCACCCUACAUUUCCCUGCCUUUUGUAGCCUCCUUGUUAAUAACUAGUAUAAAUAAUUUAAAGGAACUGCUUAGGUUGUUCUAAAGACCCCUUUUUGGAGUUAGAUUCUCGUUGAUUUUUUAAAAAUAUAGCUCAAACUUGUUUUAUAAAUUUCAAGAGUUGUAGAAGUUGUUCCUAACAUGGGAACUGAGCCUACCCUCCAGGAGGGAAUAGUUUAUGGGCUCUUUUAGCCCACCCACACUUAACAUAGGCCACAGAGCCGAGACACACUGCUGGCUGCCCUCAGUGGCUUGCUGAGUGCACUCAGAUGGGGCUAGUCCUCCCAGGUGGGCCCAGAGGAAGCCCCGAAGCCCCUGCGGGGAGUCCAGACUUCUCUGAAGAAGCUGAGGGUUCGGUUCUGGGAGUCCGGUGUCUGGACAUCCUCUCCUCAUCCCUGGCCCUUGCUUUGCUGUGUUUCUGCAGCUCUGUGGGGGUGGGGUGGGGGUGGAAGACUGAGCUUGAUCCUGUUACACCAGAUAUCACUUGAGGUGGUUCAGGUUAGACUUUCCAGUGUCUGUCCUGGGAUGAGGGAGAAAAGCACAGAUGCUUGUCUCAGGAGUGUUGAGUACCUUCCCCACUGUCAUUCGGGGAGGGAGGAGAGUGGGUUCUUUGGUCAUAUGUGAAUGUAUCCUUGGAUGAUUUACAGUUGUCUGGAAUAAAUCUUGUUACAUGUAUUUAA